GCGCCCGUCACAGGGGAUGUUGUUACUCCACGGCUUGACAGCGGCGACCGUUUUUGCAUGAAGCUUUUCUGCGAGCGCAAGGCCAGCGGGCGCGUUUGGCUGGGCAACAUGCAGCAGAAACAGCAGCCGGCCCGGGAGGAGGAGAAAAAGGAGUGAGGAGGAGCCGCAGAGGCGGGUUCCCCCACCCAUACACUUUCGGGUCGCUCGUCGCGCGCGUGUUUCUUUUUCCUUUCGUUUGAUCUUUUGGUCACCCCGCAGCAGGAAAAUGGAGCCCUUUCCUAGUAGCGAUCGAAUUCAGUUACCAAGGAAUAUGAUUGAAAACAGCAUGUUUGAGGAAGAGCCUGAUGUGGUUGAUCUGGCUAAAGAGCCUUGCUUGCAUCCAUUGGAGCCUGAUGAAGUGGAGUAUGAACCAAGGAGUUCUCGGCUUCUUGUACGUGGUCUCGGAGAUCAUGAAAUGGAUGAAGAUGAAGAGGAUUAUGAGUCAUCAGCUAAACUUCUGGGAAUGUCUUUUAUGAAUAGAAGCACUGGCCUGCGUAAUAACUCAGCUGGUUACAGACAGAAUUCAGAUGGGUCGUGUUCUGCGCCAUCUGUAAGGACCACAGUGAUCUGUGCUGUUGUUUUGGUGAUAGCUGUCUCUGUAAUAAUGGCAAUCUAUCUUUUCCCCAAAUGUACCUUUACCAAAGAAGGCUGUCACAAGGAGAACCAUACAACAGAUGAUACAUAUCCUUUUGCAACAAAUGGAAAACGCUUUCCGUGGGCACAGUUUAGGCUUCCUAGUUACGUUGUGCCAGUGCAUUAUGAUAUUGUCCUGAAGCCAAACCUAACCACUAAGGUAUUUUCAGGUUCUGUUCAGAUAACUGUGGAAGUUCGCCAGGUAACUUGGCAUGUAAUACUGCACAGCUCUCAUCUUAAUAUUACCAAGGUAACCCUUACUUCAUCAAGUUCAAGCCAGCCAAAAUCAGUGAAGCUCCUGGAAUACCCAACGAAUGACCAGAUUGCAAUUUUGGCUCCAGAGGCUCUCCUUACAGGACAGCAGUACAAUAUCAGCAUGGAGUAUUUCUCUGAGUUAUCAGACACUUAUUUUGGCUUUUACAGAGUCGCCUAUAAGGACAACAAUUCAACAAGAUGGCUUGCAGCAACUCAGUUUGAGCCCUCAGCGGCAAGGUUAGCUUUCCCCUGCUUUGAUGAACCAGCAUUCAAAGCAACUUUUCUAAUCAAGGUCACGAGAGAAAAGCAACAUACUGCUCUGUCCAAUAUGCCGAAGAAAGCAAUGAAACCCCUGGCAGGUGGGUUAGUGCAAGAUGAAUUCUCUGUGAGUGUGAAAAUGAGCACUUACCUAGUAGCCAUCAUUGUUGGAAACAUGAUCAAUGGUUCAACUAAAGAAGCAAAUGGUGUUCUGGUAUCCAUCUACACCUUACCAGAAAAACCAAGGCAGACUGAAUAUGCCUUAGAAACAGCAAUGAAGCUACUUGAGUUUUAUCAAAAAUAUUUUAAUGUAACAUACCCUCUUCAAAAAUUAGAUUUUGUAGCUCUUCCUGACUUCCAGGCUGUAGCUAUGGAAAACUGGGGAUUGAUUACAUUUCGAGAGACAGCACUACUUCUUGAUAAAACAUCUUCAGCAAUGGAUAAAAAGAGAGUAACAAGAGUGAUUGCUCAUGAGUUGGCACACCAGUGGUUUGGCAAUCUAGUAACUAUGGAAUGGUGGAGUGACCUGUGGCUGAAUGAAGGAUUUGCCACUCUUAUGGAAAACUUGGCCAUGAAGGAAGAGUUUCCUGAUUUAUAUGCAGAUGACUUUUUUCUAAAUCUACAAGUUAAGACCAUGGAGAAAGACUCCAUGGAUUCAACUCACCCCAUCUCCCUUGCUGCCAAAUCAUCAGAUGAGAUUGAAGAAAUGUUUGAUGCUGUCUCCUAUGUCAAGGGAGCUUCUGUCUUGAUGAUGUUGAAAAACUAUCUCCAAGAGGAUGUCUUUCAAGCUGGUAUUCAAAUCUAUUUGCGCAAACACAGCUAUGGUUCGACGCACAGUGAUAAUUUAUGGGACAGCAUGAGUGAGGCAACAAAUGGAACAAUUGAUAUUAAAAAAAUUAUGAAGACCUGGACUCUUCAGAAAGGAUUUCCCUUGGUGACUGUCAGAAAAGAAGGAAAACGGAUCUAUCUACAGCAGGAGAGAUUUGUGCAUAAUUUGGAAUCAGGAAAUCAGACAUUACCUUCAAGUUAUCAGUGGCAUAUACCUCUUUCUUACACCACCGGCAAUGGCAGCUCGAUUCUUGCUUCUUAUACAUACUUGCUGGACCAAAAGUCAGCUGUCAUUGACCUUCCAGAUGCAGUGGAGUGGGUAAAGUUCAACAACGACUCGAACGGUUACUAUAUUGUGCAGUACGCUGAUAAUGACUGGACUGCUCUAAUUGAACUACUGAAGAAGAACCCUGCUACUCUCAGCUCCAGAGACCGAGCCAAUCUGAUCCAUAACAUUUUCAAUUUAGCAGGGUUAGGAAAGGUGUCGUUGGCCAAGGCUUUUGAUCUGAUGGACUAUCUAGUGAAGGAAAAAAGCUCUGCUCCAAUCACACAAGCUUUGUACCAAAUGAACCAUAUCUUCAACCUAGUUGAAAAGAGAGGGAUGCAGGACCUUUCAGCCAGAAUAUUGAAUAAGGUAGAAAUGCUGUUUGGAGACAAAAUUGACCAACAGACAUGGACAAACAAUGGAAUCUCCUCAGAGCAAGAGCUGCAGUCAAGUCUCCUCACAUUUGCUUGCUCGCACAAUUUGAACAACUGCAGCUUAACUGCGGCCAACCUGUUUAAUAGAUGGAAGAACUCCAGUGGGACAGAAAGCCUGCCAACAGAUGUUAUGAAGAUCAUAUUCACAGCUGGAGCAAAAACUGAAGCUGGCUGGAACUUCCUUUUAAGCAUGUAUUCCACUUCAGUUUCUGAACCAGAAAAGCUCAAAAUCCUCGAAGCAUUGGCCAGCACGGAUGAUGUUAGAAAACUGAUAUGGUUAAUGAAAAAAAGCCUAGAAGGCAACAUUAUUAGAUCCCAGGAUCUCUCAACUAUUAUAAAAACAGUCAGUCAGAAUGUUCCAGGACACUUGCUGGCAUGGGACUUCGUCAAAGAGAAUUGGGAUCAGCUUAUAAAGAAGUUUCACCGUGGAUCAUAUACCAUCCAAGAUAUUGUGACUUCAACAACUUGCCUGUUCUCAAGUCCAGAACAUCUGCUUGAGGUUAAGACAUUCUUUGAAUCAAAGUCAGAGGAGACUGCUCAACUGCGGUUUGUCCAAGAAGCCAUUGAGACAAUUCAGAUGAAUAUUGAAUGGAUGAAAAGAAACUUGGCAAAGCUGGUCAAAUUGCUAUAGUGAUCACAGUUCCACCAGAGCGUGCAUUAGCUUCUUGGAAUGCUGGAACACUUGCUCUUUUGCUUCUGCAAAAAGCUAGGGUUGAAAAUGGGCAAUGCAGUUUUCUUUGCACUGUAAGAGGGUUUUAGUUAGCUCAGGGUACAUCUCUUCCUAAGCUGGCUCUCCUUGGAGUAGUUAUGGACUGGACAUAGAUACUAAUUAAGGGAAUGUUAUUUCAUUGACCAAACAUUUGCACACAGCAAGGACAAUGGCCUAUAAAAUUGUAGUGCAACUCCCUUCCAUUUCAGGAAAGUCCAGUUCCAUUUUCCACAUGUUGAAUGAAUGAAAAACAAGAGAAAGCAAGACAAGAACUCUCCUGAGAGCUGCUUUUUCUUUGCAAAACACUGUUUAAUUAGCCUUCCUCAUUGUCUGUAACUUCUUGAAUUGGAGAUAAUAAACCUGCUGUGACGCAUGUUUUUUUUUAAUUACCAUUAUUAUAAACAGCUGCUAAGACACACAUAAUGGAAGUAAAUAAGUCAAAAGUUGGAUUUUUGGGAGCUCUGGGUUUUGUUUUAUCUAAAUGUUUUCUAGAAAUUAUGCAAUUAUCAGAAAUAUAUAUAGAUAUGUAUAAUUAGUAGAAAAAAUAUUUUUGUCUGCAGCAGAGCUGGGUGCUACUGAUACCACGUACAAAUAAGACAAAUAGCUUUUGUAAAGACAAAACGUUAAUGUGGACUCACUUAAGCAAAAGAAUUAUGAGGAACCAGCCUGUACACUUUGUCAAGCAGAAUUUAAACUGUAGUUUGGAAAAACAUUUUAUAUCAGGAAUGUUGUGUCCAAGAUUUUCUGGAAUAGUCCUAAGAGUCUACAAUUUACUUUUGUAAAUGUCAUUAUUUUCCAUGAGCAAUACCGCAGCCUGUUAUGAAGAAGUGUUUCUUUGUUGGUGUAAAAUGCUUGGAAAUAACAUUCAGUCUUGCCUGCAAAGGCUGCAAAAGGUCUUGUAGUUGGUUCAAAAUUCUGUGUUAGGAAUUUUCCGGAAUGUACCUCCCUUGUUCAGUUCUCAUUUUCAAAUAUGUGCCAAACAGUAUGCAGUACACUGUGGCAGCAGUUCCAAAAUAAUCAGUCCAAGAAUUCCAUGGCUUUUGUGUCAUUUCGUACACUGAAAUUCAGAUGUUUUAUACUUUCCUGUAAAUUCAGUUCCUUCAGGAAGCAGAUUCAUGUCUAUGUUUUGGCCAGAGUCAAUGAUUUUCAAGCUGUGGGACAUGUCCAAAAACCUUUCAUGAAAAGCAGUAUUCAAGUGUAGAAUCACUUGAAUCAUCCCAGGCUUGUGAAGCUCCUCUAUAUGGAUUAUUUUAUAUGCCAAAGUAUAUGAUGAGACACUGUUUUCACCAGCAGCCCCCUUUUUUCCUGCAGAAGGCAGGGUAUGUGUAUAGUGAUCAGUACAGUUCUACAAGCUCUCUAACUAAGAGCCUUCUAUUUCGGAAAAACUGAGCAGAGUAAAAGUAGAUGAAAAAUUCAAGGAGCUGAAUCCAUUUGAACUAUUCUGCUGGAUUCCCAGGUAUUUGGAGGCUGCUGCACAUUCAGAAUUUCUUUCCUAUUUUAGUGUUUUGUGUUGUCCAAAUGUAGGAUAGAAGCUUCAUAGGUCUGUACAAAAGCACCUUUGCCAAGUAAGCAGUCAGCAUAGAAGGAUGGAGAUGCCAGCCUGAAUCCAGCCUUCAGUUUGAUAACUGGAAGCCCUCGCUCCCUGCACCUCCACUCAGAAAGAUUUAGUUUGGCCAGGCAGAAGCUGAUGGAUUAAGCUGCCAUGCUGAGGGUUCUCAACUACCUCUGCCUGUAUUGCUUUGUAGCUAUUCACUGGAAUAGUGUUGAAUGGCCUAGAGGUGAGGUAAGCAAGAAUGUGCAAAAUCUCUGGUGGUCAGCAUAGGAGCUAGGGUUUCUUUCUAGUUAUUACUGGCGGGCUGCUUUUCCCUGCUGUUCAUGAUAGGAGGGAGUUUUUGUGUCUAAUCAGAGUAAGAACCAUCAGAUUUUGAGCCAUGUCCUGAACUAUUCCUAUACUAACCAAUCAGACCAGGAGCACAACAGGAAUGAGUAGUUCCUAAAAUAAACACAAAAAUCAGUCACAGUGCUACUGGGGGCAGGUUAGUGUUGCUUGGACAAGUGAGAUUCAGUGAUCUGCCCAGAUCUGGAAAUGACUGUUACUGCUUGUAUUAGGAACCACUAGUUCUGAUUGCACAAGCAGCCCAUCUUGCUAGUGCAACAGACCUAGUAGAGGCGCAGCCACAAUAUAGGAGGCUUUCCUUCCCUUCUUAUUUCAGUAGGUACUCAGAAAAAUUAUAUUACUGCAUGGUGCUUUGCCAAUGAUAUAGAGUGGAGUACAGGCAAUUCUUUCAGAUGGCUUUUGUUACUGUUUUUGCUUCAUACACUUAUCCUAGGUGAUCCUCAUUCAUCACUCAGAACCAAAUCAAGCUACUUGACCAUGAAUUCGACAUCAAAUUGCAACCACUAAAAAAGAUUUGCAUUCAUAUUCUGAUUCACAAUAAAUGUAGCUUCAUAGUGAUUAAAAUACUCUAUUUUCAACUAGGUCAAAAAUUAUGAAGGGAAGACUGCAAUAUGCAUUAAUGAUUAAAGGUAAUACAAUUUUAGAACUUCUGAGUGUCUAAUAGAUUGGUGGCAAAAUCAUUAAUAUUAAGUAGUGCUAAAGCUGGUUGGAAAAAUCUCAUUUUGAUAUAACUAAAGGAAAGUAUUACUCUGUGUUAUCUUUCAGUGAAAGGAGAAACCAUCCCGAUUGUCGGGGAACGUGUUGGUUCUUAAGCUCUCUUCCUGAUCUCUACUCCUCUCCUGUAAUUUUGUCCUGUGCAUUGCUCCUCUUUCACUUUGUUUUUGUAGCAAUAUUGGUGGGCAGAAUUCCGUAGAAUUCUGUCACCUAAUGCUCUUCUCUGAUCAUGUGCAGAUAGGUAGGUAGAUGUGCUUGCUACUGGAAAUGUGAACUGUACUUGAAAUGUCAUGCACAUUUUUAGAAUUAAGAAUACAGUGUUCAAAUUAAAGCACGGUUACUUUAUGAAUAUUUUUCAUGUAUCUUUUCAGUUUUGAAUAUGCUCUAUGUCUACUAUUUCUUAAAUAGCAAUGCAUAUUCAAAAUUGCUUUCCCAUGAUUUUGUCUGGGACCCAUUCCCUAAUUAAAGCAAUCAAAACUCUAGUAUCUGUUUCUUUAAAAUACAAAUGGCAUUGUUUGAAGUGCAGAGUACAGGUAAUACCUGUUCACUUCAUGUGAACUGGUGGAGUUGGACUUCCCCUGUAUGUGUGAGUUUUUGCAUGUGUGUGAGUUCAAGCCAUAAGUGACAGCUCGCAGGGAUUUUGUCUUGUCUUAACAUAACUUUAAUCUGUUCUGAGUCCUUUUUGGAAGAAAAAUGCACUGUAAUAUGAGUUGGCUUUUAUCAGGUUGAAUGAUACUGGGUGGCUUUUGUGGUGUAAAGAUUUUUCUACUAUUUAGGGCUAAUGUCAAUAAUCCAAGUAUCCUCUUCGGUUUUAUUUAAAGUUUCUUACUGUGCAGAAGUUUGGUGUUCAAGGUUUGCUCAAACAUUUUGUGCUGCUGUGAUAGCUAACUUGGCAGUAUCCUGUGUGCUAUAAAUAAAACACAAAAGACAUGCAGAAACACAUUGGAUAUUUGCUUUUUCUAAAAUCAGUUCUCUUGGUGCAAAACUGCGAGCUGUGUAUUCCCCCAACCAGAUUUUGGUUUCCAAACAUUCUGGGUUUAACGGGUCUGUAUGGAAGAAAUCUGAAUGGGAUUGAUAUUGGUUGAAUUUUAAGUUGGAUUGUCGUACUGGUUCAUGUGCCUUAGAGUGUCUUGUUAGGAAUGUGAAAUAAAUAUUGUUAAUAUUAUAAUAGUAGACUCCUUUCACAAUUGUCUUCAUACUUUCAUAGGCUAAAGAGAGGUGAUUGUUUGUAAUGCUUGCUUAGUGGAGGAAAACCUUUUUUUUCAAUCUAGAGACUUCUUAUUCUGAACUGGUUUUAGUCCCAUUGGAACAAGAUCAUGAAUAUAACCCGGAGUUCCAUGGAGCACCAGUAUGUAACCACAGAGCUCUAAACACAGGGGAUUGGUUGUUUUCUUCAGAGUCAGGAAAUGUGUUGUACACAUUUAUAAUGUCUAUGAGGAGCAUUUAAGUGGUUCCCUAGGUGUGCAUAAAACCUAUUGAACUGUGGGAGUGGAACUAAAUAGGCUUCAGUCCAAAUAGUCAUGCUUAAUCCGUUUGAGAGUAGCACUUCUAGCUGUUCUCCCCACACACUUGAGGCACUGCUCUAAUACGUUGCUGCUGUUUUCACCUGGAGAAACAUUACUCUGCUAUUUGCAUCUUGCAUGCACAAACUUGCAUUUACUGUACAAAUGCACCUUCCAUUUUCUUUAAAUGGAAACUAGACAUGCCAUGAUUCAAUGAUGUCUUCAUAUUUAGCCUGAUACCUGUGAAUCUGCAGCUGUAUGUAUAUAGGUUUCUUUUUCUAGUUCUUACACUGAAUAUUCAGACAUUGGAAAGGGAUGAGGUCUCCAAAGCAUACAAUGUCAGGAGCAAAACCAACAAAGCUAGUCCUGCUGUGCCUUCUACAAGGUCACUGAACAUAGUGAAGAAAAUAGUUGUAUGUUCAAAGGACUUUUGCUCUCAUUACUUAGACAGUGGAUGUUACCUUUACUAAGGAAACAGAGAUGGCAAGGAGAACUGAAGAAAUUUAUCAAGAUACUUUGUUGGUUGGUGCAAGAUACCCUUUCAACUCCCAUUCACCCUAUUAAGGAAGGGUGAAUUUGAAGAUAUUAGACUUGAACGUUCAAAUUGGCUUUCUUCUUGUACAAAUUGUAGCAACCAAAAGAAUGUCACAAUGUAUUGAAUGACUUGCAUGUCUUGCAGUUGUGCACUUGCUAAAUGUUGGUCUUUUGAACUACUGGGUGAUCUUCAAGGCAUUUUAUAAAAAGCUGUGCAAUGAUCUAACUUUAUUUCAUUGUUUUCUGGAUGGAAGAGAACAUUCACUUAGGUUGGAAGAAACAGAAGCUUGUCCACUAUGCAGGACUAUAAAGAAAUCUCUGACAGUCACCCAGUAGCAUGAAACCCAUCAGAUGUUUAAGGAGCAACUAUUUACAUUAUAGUUCUACUAUAAGUGCCUUGAAACGGUGUGUGUUACUGUGGCUUAAAAGUUUCUCCAUUUUCUGGGUAAUAUUCUGCAAAAAUGCAUACCACACGGGCAAUCUAAAGUUGCUUGUAGCCAAAGCAAUUGCAUAUAUUUGCUCAAAGUAUAAAGCUUAUGUUGUCACUCUAGACAUAACUAAGCUAAUACAGGCUUAAUUUCUUACAAAUUUAAUGCAUACCUGCAUUCUAAACAUAACAUCUUUUUAGGAUUGUGUGUGUGAGAGAAGGAGAUGGUAGUCCUGUAAUGGAGUGUGCUACUUUUAAAAGUUGCUACUCUGUUAUAUGAUGCCAUAUGUGAAAUGAGAAUUGCAUUGUUCAGAUAAUGCUCCAAGGAACCCGGCCUUAAUUUUUAUUCGUAGCCCCGUGUUACAAGAUGCUGACCCUUUGGAACUGAUUUGUAUUUAUAUGGCUAUCUUUCACCUGUUCCCUAUUAGAACAUUCCUCCGCCUGAUCGAGUGGCUUUCCUAAAUCUUUUAUGGAAGAUGUUAUUUUUCAUUGCACUCUCAGCUUUAAAAUGUCACUUCCUUUAAGUGUAUUUUUGUAUGUAUUUCACAAAUUGAGAUCCCUUUGUGAGUGUUAUGUAUGUAUUCCUUUCCAUUUCAAAGGUUAAUGUCACUCAGAGGCACCAUUUCUUGGUGAUGAUUUCUCAUUAUGCUAUUAAAUGUUUACACAAUUUUAUCUGUUUAAUGAGAUGUUUAAAGUUUUCUACACAUUAAAAAUCUUUCUUUGCCAUACCAAGUUCUCAGGUCUUAGUCUUCAAGAACUUAAGCCUCCUAGAACUGCUGUUAGUUAAACCUGCAGUUUAUAGUAGAAAUACAGAUCUUUACACGUGACAACAUCUUUGAUCAAAGGAAUUGUCUGGCAUCUUUUUUAAGUUAGUCAUGGCAUCAUGUAGCAAAUUACUGUAAAAAAUCUAAAAUAGAUUACCUUUUUAAAAUGUGGAAUGGUAUGAUGAUGAUGGAAUGGAUGAUUGAAAGCCACUGAAGACUUUUAAUUUACAAAGGCUUAAAAAGGGGCUGGAUUUGAGAGUAAAUUUGCACCAGAUCUAUAGGGAGAUCUGUAGUUCUGCUGAUAACAAGAAGCUGGACUGAAUAAUGGUAACAUCAAAGUAAUUCUGGAAUUACUACAGGAAUUUGAAAAGGGAUUACAGUUCUGUGUUUAGUGCUUUAGAGAAAUGCAUGGUACAAUCAUAACAAAACAGUAACACUCCAAGUUGUACUAUAUUUGUCUGGAGGAAGAUUUUUGAAAAUGGUGUGUGUGUACAUAUGUAUGUGUCUGCGUGUGUGUGUGUGAUAUAUAUGUAUAUUGUAUGCAAACCUGUGGUUUUCCUUAAUUUGUAAAGGAGAAAUAAAGCCUAUUUUCUUAUACUUUGAAUAAGAUUGUGUGUAUGUAUAACCAGCACUGACAGAAGGGCAUGUGUAUUGCAAACACUGAUACAUUUUAUUUUAUUGUGAAAUUAAAAUAAAAUCUUUUAAAUACUAA